UUGGUUUAUAUGUUUAUAAUUUAGGCAAAAGAAAAAAGGAAAAUGAAAGUGAAAAAGAGAGAGAGACUGAAAUAGUAUCAUCUCCCUCCUCAACCAAAUCUUAUUCUAAAUCGAAGCUUGAGAUUCGCAGAGGCGAAAACUGGGAGUUUUAAUUCUCUCGAAACCCUUCCGUUGUUUGAUGGCAAAAUCGCUUCCAUCGCCAACUCGCCUUCACCAAUUCGCCAAGGUCGUCGUCGCCUCCAAGAAGCCCCAAUCAGCCACACCUAACCCCAAGUCUCGGAUCCGAGUUUCGCCGCCCGAAACUCCGAUCUCCGGUACCGUCCGAGUCAUCUCGGAGUUGAAGAAGAACAACAACAACAUGGAGGAGGAGAAGAAGGAGGAGGCGCAUCGGACUCCUUUGGCCGAUGUGGUUUCGGACUGCGUCAAGCGGUGGUUUCAGGACACGCUCAAGGAGGCCAGGGCCGGCGAUACGUCGAUGCAGGUCUUGGUUGGCCAGAUGUUUUGCUCUGGCUAUGGAGUUCCUAAGGACACUCAGAAGGGAAUUGCUUGGAUUAAUCGAGCUUCAAAAAAUCAGGCUUGGAAAGUAAGCGAUAGACAUCCAGGUUAUCUUGCAACCGAUUCAGAAUCAAGCGAUAGGAGAGUGAAACAAGAUGAUGUCAGAUGAUCCUUUUCACUAAUCUUAUUGCAAAUUCACAAUCAAUGUUGAAGAUGUUGAUAAAUACUAAAGACAGAAGAGACCUUGUUUUGGCUGCUUCUCCUUGGUAGACAUGAAAUGAAACUUCAU